AUAGCAAUAACAGUCUGGAUACUACAAGGUUCAUUUGUCUGUAUAGCUGAAAUGUGAUAAAUGUAACCAUUGUCAUCAGUCUGUGACUAAGAUUUUUUGGAAAUGCCUUUGCACCCUCUCAGUUUUCCUUACCAUUGAGAGAAAGGUCGCUGCAGGGAUUCUGCAGCAUUGGCUGCUGGCUGCUUGGACUAGUAUGGAGAACAGAGUAGAGCUGCAGAGCAAACCACCAUUGAUCAGGCAGAUCAGCAUAGACUUGCAUUCUCCUUGGAUGCAGCACUGUGCUGUGAGACUCCAAGAGCAAGCAAAGAGGAAGAGCACAGGGAGCAGAGAACUUGCCAUGCAUUUUGAAGAUGAUAACGGCGAUGAAGACACAAAUCCCUCUGAAGGCCCACUGACUACUUCAGUGACAGAGCUCUCUGUUCUGGAAAGGCUAGGUCUGCACAGGGCAGCUUUGACAGACCAGGAUGUGGAGGCAGCCUUUGCCCAUCUGGCUCUGGCCUUCCGCUGUGACAUGUUCACACUGAGGCAACGAGUGCAGAUAGAGGAACGGGCCAGAGAUGCAGCUGAAGAGAAUAUUCAACAGGAGCUGGCAGAAUGCCAGGUGAUACUGCAGAAACUGGGCCUGGCCUGUCUGGACUCCAGAUGCAUAGCAUUGGUUGAACAACUGAAGCUCUGUGUAGCUGUCCUAGCAAGGGCAAUUGAGCGGGCAACAGUUGCAGCAGAGAAACUAGGAGCAGUCCAUCAGGAGGCACGCAUGAGUCGGGCCACAGACGUAAUGGUACAGCAUGUGGAGAACCUGAAAAGACACCACCAGAGGGAGCACACAGAGCUGGAGGAAAUGAAAAGGCUCAUACAACAGAACUCCCGGAACCGGCAGCUGGCAGAAAUCAGGGAUGAUGGUGAACAGAGACUGAAACAUCCUCCAAGACGAACAUUCCAACAGGGAUCAAUUCGUCGGCGAAUCAGUAUUGCAGUUGUUCCAAAACAGCAGCAGCAGUUUCACAGUGGGCGAGGCUCUGCAAGUGGACGAGGCUCUGCGGGGGAAGCAGCUCAACCAACAGCAGUGGCAGAGAAGAGCCCGGAAAGACAACUGCACUGCCUCCAAGAAGAGUCUUCUGAUAGUUACUUUAUCCUGCACACAGGAUCUUCUAGCUCCUCACACCAGAGUCUUCGUCGACCAAACAACACUGAGUUUGGCAUGGACAGAAACCACUGCAUAGAAGGGAAGGAAACAGAAUUUCAGAAAAGAAGUGCCAGUGGCAAGAUUAAUGGAGAAGAGUCCAAUGAUGGAUCAAACUGUGAGGACCUUGAUGAAGAAAAUGAGGAAUUGGAGCAGAAUGCUGUAACGUCCAAAGGAUCUAAAAUGGAACUUUGCAGAGCCUGGUUCUCUAUGCCCACAUACUAUUGGGUUUUGCUGUGGCUGUUCUUUCUGGGAAUUGUUUGCCUGGUUCUGAUCCGAAUAAUGGAGAUACAGAAGCAAUAUCCAUUUCCAUCAUCGUAGAGGCAGAAGAAACAGGAUAAACUGUGCUGAUAAUUUGAAAAGAGUCACAGAUAGUUUAAAUAUAAGAAUUAAAAACAGGAAAAAAGAAGGCAUUGUUGUAUGA